CCUCUUUUCCUUCUGCACAGCUUUGAAACAGUCGACGUCAUUUCUCUCGCGCUGUUUGACUUGCUUCCUUUUGUUUUAGGCUUCUUAAGGCCUACGAACCACUGUGAAGCAGUUUGCAUUUGUGGGCGUCCUCGUUUUUCGUCAGUCCACUUUGCAGCUGUAGCGCGACACUCCCUCUCCAGCGCCCUUCAGCCUAUGCCGGCUUGUGCUUUGGAACUCGACACCGCUAUGGAAUAGGAUUCUGGCGGUCCAGGAGCGUCGCCGUGGAGUUGGCGACAUUUCGCUUGUCAGCAUUUUAACAUCUCGGCGAGCACCACACUUCACCAGCUUGGAGCAGGCGGCGUAUCAACCUUUGUGGUUGGUCAUUUGCAUCCGCGUGUGCAGCAGGGUGCUUUGGGUGUGGCGGUCGGGGGAGCCCUGCAGCACUUAGCUGUUUUUUUGGGGGUGUGGCUCGUCUUCGUGCCCUUGUUGCCUGGUGCCUGGAUGCCUGGCGCCCGCCCUGCUGUGAUGCCCUGCUUGGCAGCGGACAGCACCCCUGCAGGUGGGGGCAACGCUGCCAGCCCGUUCUUCAGCCCCGGGCUGCAGCUCCACCUUGCCCUGUCCACGCAUAGCCUGGCGCACGGCGUGCAGGACCUGACGACGCAGCCUCAGGGCCCCAGCCUGCCUACCUACCCAGUCCUUAUGGCGGGUGGCUAUCCCACCACCUCGGACCCCUCUAACCUGACAUGUGCUUAUGUGGUCUCAGAGCAGUGCGCCAAAUCGGUGGGCCCCAAGGGGGAGCCCCAGGCCCCCGCAGGCCAGGGCAUCACCAACCACAUCUUUGCCUGUGUGCGGGGCCCCACCUGGGACCCGCAGCUCUCUCACCUGCACUGUGCCAAGUUUGAGAUGCCCGGUGAGGAGCCCAUGCAGGUGGAGGUCCGUGGCGCCCCCCAGGCGGCUGGGACGGCCACGACAGCUGUGGCAGGCAGCCCUGCUCCGGCUGCAGCCGGGGUCGCCGACCUGGGUGGCAACACCUUGGGUGUGGCGCGGCCCGCGGCUGCCAGGGCGACAGCAGCGGACAUUGUUGACCACGUGGGGGACGUGCAGAUGCAGGAGGCGGCGGGUUUGGGUGACGCGGCGGCUGCAGCUGGUGGCGCCAGCGGGCCACACAGCGGGGCCCUGCCCCAGCUGCCAGCUCUGGUGGCGGGGGGAAGCAACCGUGCUGCUGCAGCUGCCCUGCGGGCCGCGCUGCAGCAGCAGCCCUCUUCACAGCAGCGGGUGACAGCGAGAGGGCUUAGCGGGGUCCAGCCGGCGGCAUGUGUGGGGGGGCCGCUGGCGGCCGGGCCUCACCCUGCCGGUGCUGGGCUGGCUGGCGUGCAGCAGCAGCACAGUGGCGCUCCCGCGCCACUGCCACCCUUGAUUCAGCGGGCAGCCGCCGGGCAGGAUCAGGAGCAGACCGCUGUGAUGCGGCGGUACUUGGCCGAGCUGGCGGAGCUCAAUCUUCAGCGGCAACAGCGGUUACAGCAGCAGCAGCAGCAGCAGGAGCUGCAGCGCCAGGGGCAGUCACCCAGGCCCCGGACCGGCUCCCAGGUUAUGGUCCUGGCCACGCUGGGGGGACAGGACGGGGCGGGCGGUGGCGCUGGCAGGGCGGCGUCACGGCGUGGGCAACGUGUUGACAUAGUUGACCACGUGGGGGACGUGCAGAUGCAGGAGGCGGCGGGUGUGGGUGACGCAGCGGCUGCCGCGGGUGGCGCCAGCGGACCACCCGCUGUGGCCUCGCCCUCGCUGCUAGCUCUGGUGGCGGGGGGAAGCACCCGGGCUGCUGCGGCUCCCCUGAGGGCUGAGCGGCAGCAGCAGCCCUCUUCGCAGCAGCGGGUGGCAACAGGAGGGCUUAGCGGGGGGCAGCCGUCAGCAGGCGUGGGGGGGCCGCCGGCGGCCGGGCGUCGCACUGCCGAUGCUGGGCCGGCUGGCGGGCAGCAGCAGCCCAGUGGGGCUCCCGCGCCGCAGCUGCCCUUUGAUCAGCGGGCAGCCGCCAGGCAGGAUCAGCAGCUGACAGCUGCGAUGCAGCGGUACUUGGCCCACAAGGCGGACCUCCAUCUCCAGCAGCAACGGCGGGUACAGCAACAGCAGCAGCAGGAGCAGCAGUGCCAGGUGCAGCCGCCCAGGCCCCGGACCGGCUCCCGGUUUGAGGUCCUGGCCACGCUGGGGGGACAGGACGGGGCGGGCGAUGGCGCUGCCACGGCGGCGCCCGGGCGUGGGCGAAGGGUGCAACCAGCCGCGCACGCACCGCCGCCGCCGCCGCAGCAACAGCCCUGCUCCAAAGGGCGCGGUGGCCCCGCUCAGCUCCCGCAGCAGAGGGCAGGGCGCUUGGGCGGCGGGCUGCCUCCCCCGCAGGACGGUGAUAGCUCGCCGCCGCGCGUGCCCACUGGGCGGCCGGCCGGGGGACAGCAGGCUGGUGGGGGCAGCGGGUCGGGGCGCCAGGGUGGAGGAGCGGGACAGGCAGUGCCCCAGCCGCCGCCCCAGCUGCACGACGAGUUCACUGGCUGGUGGCGCCUAUACUCAGCCCAGCCUGCAGACACGCCCCUGCCUUCCGACGUGACGGAGCAGCUGGAUGACGCCGCGCAGCAGGUGCAGACGGCCUACAUGGACUACGUGCUCCUAGACGCCCGCACCCUGCGGUCCGCUAAGCGUGGGCCGGCGGACCCCGGCGGUGCUGGCGGGCCCAGCCGCCGGCAACGCCAGCACCGCAGCCGCAGUACCUCCAGCCUCAUGAGCCUGGGCAGCGCUCCAUUGCGCCCCGGCGGCGCCAGCUCAGGCGCCGCUAGCAUGAGCACCAGCAGCGGCGGCGCGCCCCCCAGCCAGGGUGGCGGCCGCCGCGGCAAACGCCACAUCAGCAACAGCAACCGCAACCGCCACGGCGCUGCCGUGGCCGGCGGGGGCUCAUAAUGCGGCCACCAGUGGGCGCGGCGAACCUUCGGCUGCUGACAGUGAAUGUCAACGGCCUGGGCUCGCCGUUGAAGGCGCGGGCGCUGGUCUCGCACCUGCAGCAAGUUGGGGCGGAUGUGGCGAUGGUGCAGGAGACCCACGCUACUGACACGACCGCGCUGGAGUCU